UGGCCUCCCCUGCACUUUCCGCGAAGGUGGUUGCUCCCACUCCACCCGGAAGUGCUUGUGACCCGGGGGGUGAGGUGGUGGUGGGACAUGGACCAGCGUGGCGGUGUCUCCAGCCCGAGCGGAGCACUGGCGUCUGCCGAGCCCGCUCCUGCCUCGGUGACCCUGGCGGAGCUCCUGCACCUGGUCCAGAAGGGCCAGGAGCUCCCGGGCCUGGAGAAACGCCACAUCAGUGCGACCCACGGGGAACCCACCGCGUCUCUGCUCCCUCGGAGGCCCAAGCCUUGGGAAGACGCGGGCUCGAUGGCCUCAUCCCGCACCAUCGCCCUAGACACGAGGACGCAGCCUCCGGCCGUCGAGGAGCCGUCCCGGAGCAGCUCAGCCGCCCAGCUCGACGGAGGCCCAAGGACUUCCUGAUGCUCGAGGUGUUUGGGAGCGGAGAUCCGGAGGGUGUGACUGAGUCCUACAGGAACUUGAGUCUGGACACUUGCUGCCUUUAUCUUUCUGCAUCUGCCAUGACCUAUCUCAACCAGGCCAGCAGUCCAACUCCAUACUGUGUUCUAGUCCCUUUGUGUAACGGAAAUAAGUUCCCUUGUCACCGUAAGAGGGCACAACCUCCUGGAUCUGCUUGUUCUGAUAACGAUAAACUGAUAUCCAAAAGCCAUUUCUAACUUUGCAGUCGUUUGGGUUUGAUGGAAACGUUCCUUCCCAGAGUGAUACAU